AUGAAUACCUUUUCUAUAAAAACACCCAAAACUCCUCCCUUAGGGGAACAAUUGGACAGGCCUGACGGAGAGCCUUCAUUGACCUCCAAAUCGCCUUGCUCCAAAAUUUCGGAGAGUCUCUCGGCUAUGUCUGUGGGGGGCACUAGUGCUGAACCACAAACAGAGUCGACAAAGACCCCGAAGGACACAAAGCGUGCCAGGCUUUGUGGUGCGGCCAGGAAGAGGUUCCGGAGGCUGAUUGCAGCGGAACUUGGUGCUGAACAAGCCCUUGCUCUCUGCAGGAAGCCCUGGGAUCAAAUUCCGGUCGACAAUCCUCCUCCCGAUCCAAAGGCGAAAAAACGCCUACGUUCGGAGGAAGAAUCCCCGCGGGAACAGCCGAAGAAAACCUCUAGGCUGGACGUCACGGCAACCCCCCUCCCUAAGGUACAAUACAGCGUUGUAGCUGGCGCCGUGCGAGUGGGUGUCCGAAAUUCGGCCCCCAUGAGCGAGGACCAGAUGCGACUGCUGCAUGACGCCCUUCUCGAGUCCAUCGCCAAGAUGGCCGGGAAGAAGGGAGUCCCGCGACCAAGAUUUGCUGGUUUCUCCUACAAGACGGGGUGGGUCCUGGUUAACUGUGAGAACCAGGAAAGCCAUGACUGGCUUGUAGGAGAGAUCAGGCAAAUCAAACCGUGGCCUGAGGCGGAACUCUCGACCAUACCCGAGAGCGAACUGCCUAGGCCACAGGUGGGGACCACUUUCAUACCCAUCAGCGAGGCGGCAACGGUCGAAAAGGCUUUGCCGCUGCUGGAGGCGCAGAAUGAUGGUCUCAACCCGGGGCUAUGGCGAGUUCUCCAUAAGCGGGCCGAGGCGGGAGGGACUGUGGUGACCUUCUCGUUGGACGAUCCGUCGGCGGAGACUCUCCGUGCAAAUAACGGCAGAGCUGGCCUUGGCUUUAAAUAUGUAAUAUUUAAUGUCAGGGGGGGCUCUGCCGCGGAACAGCCCAACGUGGAAACACCUAGGCCGUCGACUUCUGCUGGAGUGCAAGAGGCAACGAGGAGCCCUGCGGGGACCUCGCGCCAAAGGCCUCCGCUGAGGUCGACCAAAGGCCGGGGUGGAGCCACGAGGGGCGGCACAAGUCGUAGGGGGGUAAGAGGAGGCGGAGGGAAUAGAGGACGUCCACGUCCCCUACCCAAGAAGCCUCACACACCCGCCCUACGCUAAGCCAAUGGCUCCCUACAACAGCAGAGCGAGGAUCUUGCAGGGUAACCUCCAUCAUGCAGCAGCUGCGACUGCGGUGGUGGAGUGUUGCUUUGCCAAACAGAACAUAGACCUCGCUCUGAUCCAAGAACCUUGGAUAUCCAACGGCAACAUCCAGGGGCUAGGGGCCGCCGAGCUUUGCAAUGACGACCUGGUCGCAGGAUACAUCAAUCUCCAAGGGUGGAGUGGGGCUAGAGUAAUCGUCUGCUCAGCCUACCUCCCCGGUGAUAAGCCCAAUCCCACAGAAGACCUGGUGAACGUUGUGGCCUACGCACAAAGACACAACGCCGACCUGCUUGUGGGAUGCGAUGCCAAUGCCCACCACACCUCGUGGGGGAGCACCGACAUCAACAAAAGAGGUGAGUUACUUUAUGACUUCCUUCUAUCUAACAAUCUGCAUACACUUAACCUAGGAUGCACACCGACCUUUGUAACGUGUAACAGACAAGAAGUUCUUGACAUAACUUUCGCAACGAAUGCCUUAGCCAGGCACGUCAUCGACUGGCAGGUAAGUAAUGAAAACUCUAUGUCAGAUCACCGACACAUUCGAUUUAACCUGGAAGCAUCGCUGCCAAGGCGAAUCGAAACCUACAGGGAUCCAAGGGCUAC